UCAGCAACAAAAACCCUCCUGUGCGGCCGUGCCAGUUGCCACCUUGAAGUUUUCGGAGCUCCAUCGUUUUCGCACUCCUCCUCCGCUAUUCAGGUGUAACUUGUCCCAUUCAAGUGACAAAUGGCAGACGGAGAAGGAAGACGUUCUGCUCAAGCACCAUUUUAUGAUGUGAACCAGACUUUGGAGGAGGAGCUGGCUGCACAGGGAGCAGAAAUCGAAAGGCUUUUGGCAGAAAAUCAGAGGCUCAGUGCUAACAAGGGGCAUUUGGAGCAUCGUGUUGUUGUUUCUCAGCAGGACAUACAACGUCUAAGAGCAGAUAUAAACACCACCAAGACAGAGGCUGAUGCCCAGAUUCGAGCUAUGGAGGAAAAAACUGCAAAACUGGAAGCUGAGAAAUCUGCUGCUGAAAGCAUCAAGGAGGAACUGCAGCAAGCUCAUACUGAGGCACAGGGCCUGCUUGAAACUAAUCGGAAGUUGAGUGGUCAAAUUCAGCAGGCCCUCCAAGAAACAGAAAUAGCCAAAGCUGAUAUCAAAAGGCUCCCUGAAUUGCAGUCCAACCUUGAAUGUAUGAAAAAUGAAUAUCAAAAGUUACGCAAAACAUUUAACCAGGAGAAAGGUCGGAACGUGGCGAAAAUAGAGAAAAUCAGAGUGAUGGAAAUGGACCUGGCUCGAGAAACAGAAGCACGAGAUUAUAUGCGUACUCAGGUGGAAAAUGCUGCGAGAAGGGCGAGGGGUGGGACAACAGUGCCUUCUGGAGUUGGCAGUAAUACAGCUACCGGAAACAGUGGAGGAGCUGCUUUCCCUGAUUCAGCUGCAGGUGCUGAUUGAUUUCUCUCUUGGUCAUGUAAAAGCAUGGAAGGUCCGAGGUGAAAGCUUGACACCAUAAAUUAUGCAAAUAGACAAUAGUUGUCAUCACCUUGGUUCCUGUUCAAAGUUAUAGUUAUGGUAGCUUAAUUAAACACCCUUUCUGAACUAGCUCCCGAUAUUUUACCUGUGUUAUAUGUGUGGUUGCCCUUGGCUUAUUACAAACUUCUUUAGUAUAAAGAAACCCAGGAGACUGUUUUCGUUGAUUGAAUGGCAUUCAAUUAAGAUACAUUUAUGAAUGGGAUUUUUUAGUUAAUUUCUGGUUUUAAGUCAAUUUUUGACUUAUUUUUAAUUUCAUACUAUCAGUUUUUGAUUUGUUUUAUAAAUAAAUGAUUUAGUUAAAAUCGAUAAUACCGAAAGUCUUUGAGCUCCACUACACUUGGUGGAUAUCAUGAUCUACAGUCGACUGAGCAAAUUAUACAACACUUGUCGAUAAAGGAGGCCUCCCCAAGAAAAACAUGCAAUACUAGCCACAUGCAGCACUAUAUUCAUCUAUAUCACUAUAUUCAUCUAUAUCCACCAACUCCACUCAAAUACAAGUAAUCAUGAGACGCCUAAACUACUGUUUAUAGCUCAACAUUCUUGGCUAUAAAUAGAUGAGUUCCCAUGCAGAAUGUAUAUACAAAUACAAAUACAUUCUUCUUAGUCUCUUGUGCAGAUACAUAGAAAGCAAGCACCAAAGUUUUAUAGUUUUUUUAAGAAGAGAAAUGGCAGCUGGGAAAGCUCUGGGGAUUUUUGUUUCGGUGAUGGUAAUGUCUGCUUUUAUGGUAUCUGAGUGUAGGAUUGCUAGGAAGGACUUGGGUUUGAAUCUUGGUGGGGUGGGUGUUGGGAUUGGAACCGGGGUCGGUGUAGGCUUGGGUGGCUCGGGUUCGGGGUCGGGAGCUGGGGCGGGUUCGGGGGCGGGCUCGAGGUCUAGUUCUGGCUCGGGAUCAGCCUCUUCGUCAGGUUCGGGUUCGGGUUCAUCCGGGUCUAGUGCAGGCUCUGAAGCUGGUUCACAUGCUGGAUCAAGUGCUGGUUCGGGUUCUGAAGGCGGAUCAUCCGGGGCAGGUUCUGAAGCAGGUUCGCGUGCUGGAUCACACGCUGGUUCCGGUUCUGGUUCUGGAGGCGGAUCGUCCGAGGCUGGCUCUGAAGCGGGUUCUUAUGCUGGUUCUCAUGCCGGGUCCAGGGACGGUUCAGGGGCCGGGUCGGAAGCAGGUUCGGGAGCCGGCUCCCAUGCAGGUUCCAGGGCUGGUUCAGGAUCAUCCAAUGACAACAAUUAAUUAAAGAAAUUAGCGGAAGCUUCAAGUACUUGAAUUAGCAACAUUAAUAACAAAAAUAAUAGAAUUACGUACUACAUAGCGUAAAAUUAUAAUGGUGAAAUCAAUUCCACUGCUUGUAUUUGUGUGAGUUGUGAUAUAUAUAAAAUAAAAGUUGCAUGUUCUUUUA